GUCAUCGGUUGUUUUGUCUGACGAUCUGCAGCUGGGAAACUGUUGUUCAGACGGUUGAAUGAAUGAACGAAAAAGACAUUGCUAAAAAAGAGCGUACUGGGCAGUCUGGAGUCCUCACUGAUUUUCUAAAAUCUUGGAAACUUUGUCUCCACUGAAUUCCGACACUGUUCACCUUUAAUUCCCUCGAAAACGCCUGUAACCCGGCUGAAGCCAUGCCCUGUGUUCAGGCUCAGUAUGGGUCAUCGCCUCAAGGAGCCAGCCCAGCUUCCCAGAGCUACAGUUACCACUCUUCAGGAGAAUACAGCUCCGAUUUCUUAACUCCAGAGUUUGUCAAGUUUAGCAUGGACCUCACCAACACUGAAAUCACUGCCACCACUUCUCUCCCCAGCUUCAGUACCUUUAUGGACAACUACAGCACAAGCUACGACGUGAAGCCACCUUGUUUAUACCAAAUGCCCCUGUCCGGACAGCAGUCCUCUAUUAAAGUGGAAGACAUUCAGAUGCACAGCUACCAGCAACACAACCACCUCCCCCCUCAGUCGGAGGAGAUGAUGCCUCAUUCAGGCUCCGUUUACUACAAGCCUUCGUCGCCCCCGACCCCCACCACUCCCAGCUUCCAGGUGCAGCACAGCCCCAUGUGGGACGACCCUGGCUCCCUCCACAACUUCCACCAGAAUUACGUGGCCACCACCCACAUGAUCGAGCAGAGGAAAACGCCUGUGUCCAGGCUCUCCUUAUUCUCCUUUAAGCAAUCACCGCCAGGAACCCCAGUGUCCAGCUGCCAGAUGCGAUUUGACGGGCCCCUCCACGUGCCCAUGAACCCCGAGCCAUCUGGGGCCCACCAUGUAGUCGAUGGCCAGACAUUUGCAGUGCCCAAUCCCAUCCGCAAACAGGCAUCCAUGGGCUUCCCAGGGCUACAGAUUGGCCAUGCUUCCCAGCUGCUGGACACCCAGGUGCCAUCCCCUCCCUCCCGGGGGUCUCCAUCCAACGAGGGCCUCUGUGCAGUGUGCGGGGACAACGCGGCCUGCCAGCACUACGGAGUGCGCACUUGUGAGGGCUGCAAGGGGUUCUUCAAGCGCACUGUCCAGAAAAACGCAAAAUACGUGUGUUUAGCAAAUAAAAACUGCCCAGUUGACAAACGCCGCAGAAAUCGCUGCCAGUAUUGUCGGUUUCAAAAGUGCCUUGCAGUUGGCAUGGUCAAAGAAGUGGUUCGCACAGACAGUUUAAAAGGCCGAAGGGGUCGCUUACCAUCCAAACCGAAGAGCCCCCAGGAGCCCUCUCCCCCCUCUCCCCCGGUGAGUCUGAUCAGUGCCCUGGUGAGAGCCCAUGUCGACUCCAACCCGGCUAUGAGCAGCCUGGACUAUUCCAGGUUCCAGGCUAACCCUGACUACCAGAUGAGUGGAGAUGACACUCAGCAUAUCCAGCAGUUUUAUGAUCUCUUGACCGGCUCCAUGGAGAUCAUCCGAGGAUGGGCAGAAAAAAUCCCUGGUUUCACUGACCUCUCUAAACCAGACCAGGACCUUCUCUUCGAAUCCGCUUUCUUGGAACUGUUUGUGCUGCGGUUAGCAUACAGGUCCAGCCCAGUGGAGGGCAAGCUUAUCUUUUGCAAUGGGGUGGUCUUGCACAGGUUGCAGUGUGUCCGUGGCUUUGGAGAAUGGAUUGAUUCCAUUGUUGAAUUCUCCUCCAACUUGCAAAAUAUGAACAUCGACAUAUCUGCCUUCUCAUGCAUCGCUGCCCUGGCUAUGGUAACAGAGAGGCACGGGCUAAAGGAACCCAAGAGGGUGGAAGAACUUCAGAACAAGAUUGUAAAUUGUCUCAAAGACCAUGUGACUUUCAAUAACGGAGGUUUGAAUCGCCCCAAUUAUUUGUCCAAACUCUUGGGGAAGCUCCCUGAACUUCGCACCCUUUGCACACAGGGACUGCAACGCAUUUUCUACCUGAAACUAGAAGAUUUGGUGCCACCUCCAGCAAUAAUCGACAAACUUUUUCUGGACACUUUACCUUUUUAAGACUCUUCCCAUGCACUUGAAGUGAACUUUAAAGAAAAUAAACUCGACCUGUCUGAAGGGGAAUUCGCCUGUGCGCAAAGCAGCACCUUUGAGUGCCAGAUUCCCAUCCCCAAAACUGUUGCUAACCUCCUGAAGGCAAAACGUGAAUGGGCAUUUUGGCUCUGGGGUAUCAAGGAUUCAGAUGAUGGACAACUUAAAUACCAUGGUAUAAGCUUUUUAUUAUCGGCUCAAAAUAUUAUUAAGAAGGACUUCUGAUUAAAAAGACGAUCAUAUUUGGCAACUCUGGGCUAAGACUCAUAUGAUGACAAAGUAUUAAGGUGACCCACAAGUCUCACCCUCUUAAAGACUAAAGUUUUCUAUGUAAAAGAAAGCUGUAAUAUAUACUAAAACUAAAUGUUGCGUGGGUGGCAUGAAAUUAAAGAAGGCAAAGGCUUGUAAAUUUAUAAGAUGCAGUUUGGCUUUUUAAAUUAUUCUGUGCCUAUUUAUGAAUAAAUAUUAAAAUCAAUUCUAAAAGAAAGAACAUAGAUGUGUUUGCAAAGAAAGAGACUGAAGUAACUCAAUGAAAUGGGAAAGCAUGAUGAUUCUAGGAUGACAAUGUUAUAGGCACUUGCUAUUUCAGUAAUGUCUAUAUUCUAUAAAUAGUAUUUCAGACACUAUGUAGUCUGUUAGAUUUUAUAAAGAUUGGUAGUUAUCUAAGCUUCAAACAUUUUCUCAAUUGUAAAAUAGGUGGGCACAAGUAUUACAAAACCGAAAUCUUGGACAAAGGGGCAUAUAGUGUUUGUAAACACCGUCCAACAUUCCUUGUUUGUAAGUGUUGUAUGUACUGUUGAUGUUGAUUAAAAAAAGUUUAUAUCUUGAUUAUUUUGUUGUCUAAAGCUAAACAAAUCUUGCAUGCAGCAGCUUUUGACUGUUUCCAGAGUGCUUAUAAAAUAUAUAACUCCCUGGAAAUUACUGAGCACUUUGAAUUUUUUGUUUUGUUUUCUAUGUCUAAAAUUGUCGGUUAAUAUAUUAUUUUAUGUUUGAGUAAUAUUUUUAAUAUUGCCAUAUUCUGUAGUAUUUUUCUUUGUAUAUUUCCAGUAUGGCACAUUAUACAAGUCACUGCCUUUUUUUCUAUGGUGUAUGACAGUUAGAGACGCUGAAUUUUUUUUCCUGAUAAACUCUUUCUUUGAGGAAAGACAAUUUUAAUGUUUACAACAAUAAAACCAUGUAAAC